CAAAGCAUCGCAAAACCGUAGGUUUAGAAACGCUUCGGACCAGAAGAUAUGAGAGGUGAGCUGCUCAUUCUGUUUAUCAUAAUAUGUCCUGCAUUGUAAUAGAUUCAUUACUGGAACUAUAGCCAAAAUUUGUGUAUGUAGACGUGUUGGGGGUCUGUUUAUUAAAAAUGUAACAUUUUAUUUUAUUUCUGAUCAAAAGAUCUACAUCUAGAAAACUAAUUAACUUAAAAAAGAUUCGUUAAUUUUGAUGAAUGAGAUUCAAAGAAUCGAGUCACUAAAAUAAUCCAAACUUCCCAUUACUACUGGCGGGUGUUGCACAUCAGCAGUUUUGAUGCAUAUUUUGAGCAACAAAAAAUUAAACACGUUUUUUCACCAUAAUCAUUAGAAUUACAUAAAAACACUAAUGAACUAAAAGAAAAUACAUUUAAAUUAAAUAAAGAUUUCUUGUAAUUUAAAAAUUUCUUUCUUCCUGGACAGAUAAUUCAACUAGUGUUGAGUGAAGUUCUUAAAACAAGUAAAAUUAUCUGUCCAUGUAGCAAGAUAAAAUUAACAAGUUUCAUACAAGUCUCAGCUGAACUUUGAAAUGCAUUUUUGCACGGAAUGAGGGUUGUGGAAUUUAGCCCUACUUUAUUUACACUAAACUCACUAUCUGGGUGACAAACGUCCUGAGCAGUGUGCAGAGCAGGAAAAGUUAUAAAGACUUAUUGUAAUGUACUUAUAUGCACCUCAAUUCUGAAUUCAUUCUGACUCGAAAACUCCCAAACUAUGCCUUCAAGGCUGAUGUUUAUAGUAAAAUUAUCACAACAAUUUUUGUUCACAGUGAUAUACAGAAGGCAGGAGACAAAACAGGAAAGAACAUCAUCACAGAUACAGGGCACGACCCAGAAUCUGCUGCUGUAAAUGAAUUCCAGAAAAAGUUCAAAUUAAAUCUGAUGAAGAAGUUUCAGUUCUUGAAUGGAGUGAUGAUAAACCUGGGAACACAAACACUCCUGAAUGAAAUUUACACAGAGCUCUACAUCACAGAGGGAGACAGUGGAGACGUCAAUAAUGAACAUGAGGUGAGACAGAUCGAAGCAGCGUCCAGGGGAACAACAACAGAGGAAACAUUAAUCAAAUGCAAUGACAUUUUUAAGCCCUUAUCUGAAAAAGACGAAGACAUCAGAUCUGUGCUGACGAAGGGAGUCACUGGCAUCGGAAAAACUGUCUCUGUGCAGAAGUUCAUUGUGGACUGGGCUGAAGGGAAAGCAAAUCAGGACGUCCACCUCAUAUUUCCACUUCCUUUCAGAGAGCUGAAUUUGAUGGAGGACCAGAAACUGAGUCUGAUGGAGCUCCUUCAUAUCUUUUUUAAAGAAACUGUAAUGUCCAUUUGGGAAAAAGUUCUGUUUAUUUUUGAUGGAUUGGACGAGUGUCGUUUUCCUCUAGAUUUCCAGAACACAGUAAGAGUGUGUGAUGUAACUGAAUCUGUAUCAGUUCCCGUGCUGCUGAUAAACCUGAUCAAAGGGAAUCUGCUUCCCUCUGCUCUCAUCUGGAUCACCUCCCGACCUGCAGCAGCUGAUCAAAUCCCCUCUGAGUGUGUCCAUCGAGUCACAGAGGUACGAGGGUUCAAUGACCCACAGAAGGAGGAGUACUUCAGGAAGAGGAUCAGUGAUCAGAGCCUGGCCAAUAACAUCAUCACACACCUGAAGUCAUUAAGAAGCCUCUACAUCAUGUGUCACAUCCCAGUCUUCUGCUGGAUUUCAGCCGCUGUUCUAGAGAAAUUCUUGUGUGAAGCAGAGAGAGGAGAGAUCCCCAAGACUCUGACUCAAAUGUACACACACUUCCUCAUCAUUCAGAUAAACAUCAAAAGAGAAAAGUACUCAAAGAAGCAGGAGAGUGAUGAAGAAAUGCUUCUUAAACUGGGAAAACUGGCUUUUGAGCAGCUGGAGAAAGGGAACCUGAUCUUUUAUGAGGAAGACCUGAGAGAGUGUGGCAUUGAUGUGAGAGAAGCAGCAGUGUACUCAGGUGUGUGUACGCAGAUCUUCAGAGAGGAGUUUGGGCUUCACCAGAGUAAAGUGUACUGCUUUGUUCAUCUGAGCAUUCAGGAACACCUCGCAGCUCUGUAUGUGCACCUGAUGUUCAGGAUAGACAAUAAAAAUGUUCUUAAAAAAAGUCGAGCUUCAAAACAGAAAAAGGAAGAAAUUACAGUUUUAGUUUUUCACAAGUGUGCUGUGGAUGAAGCUUUAAAAAGUCAGACUGGACAUCUGGAUCUUUUCCUUCGCUUUCUUCUGGGUCUCUCACUGGAGUCCAAUGAAAAACUCUUACAGGUCUUAGUAACACAGACAGGAAGUAGCUCCCAGAGCACACAGGAAACAGUUCAGUACAUUACGCAGAAGAUCAGUUGGGAGCGUUCUACAGAGAAAUCCAUCAAUCUGUUCCACUGUCUGAAUGAACUGGGUGAUAAUUCUCUAGAGGAGGAAAUCCAACGCUACCUGAAAUCUGGAAAACAAAGUGAACUCUCUUUAUCACAGUUGUCUGCUCUGGUGUUUGUGUUACUGACAUCAGCACAGGAUCUGGAGGAAUUUGACCUGAAUAAAUAUAUCAGUCCAGAUAAGAUAACAGAUGAUGUUCUUCUGAAGCUGAUGCCUGUGAUUGAAGCAUCCAGGAAAGCAACUAUCAGGUGUGAUAAGGUUGGAGUAAAAAGUUGUUCAGCUCUGGGCUCAGCACUCAACUCAGAAACCUCCAAUCUGAGAGAACUGCGUCUGACUGUGAAAACACUGGAUCUGUCCAACAGUACACUAGGAGACUCAGGAGUGAAGUGUCUCUGUGCUGUACUGGAGAAUCCUCACAGUAAACUGGAGACACUGAGGUAAGAUCAUCUCUCUGAGAGUCACAUGACCUGCUCCUCAGUAAGACACAUUCUCUAAUAGUGAGACUGAAGCAGAAGUUUUAGGUUGAUCAUCAAUGUCCUGAGGAGGAAGAUUGUUUCUUUUCACUGCACACUGAUGAUUUGUCACAGAGUCUUUGGGUCAGAUGUACGUAUGUGAGAAGCUGCAGAGCAAAACAUGACUUGAUGUGACUGCAGUGUGUCUGAAAUGACUGUGAAAUUUACUAAA